UUCCACGCUUGGAGGGAAUGGGCUUGGGCCGGGGUGCUCCCGAAGAGCCGUGGACUCAGGGAGGAGGUGGUGGUUUACCUCCCCGAAAGAGGUCGGGAGUCCGCUUCCCAGAAGGGUGGGGUCCGCCUAGGAACCCUGGGACCCGCCUGCACCUGUCAGCGGGGGCAGGCGGGGCACGGCCGGCUUUUUAUUUACCUUUGGCAGGGGGAGGGAAGAAAGGAGCUUCCUUAAUGGUCCUCUCCUUCCAACCCCUGCCUUACUACCGCCCCCUACCCCAACCCCACGCAUCAAUUCCACUUUAGAGCUGAACACAUUAGUAGAGUCCUCUCCCAAACCCCCCAAUUUUCCCCUUCCUAACUCCCAAUUUCUCCCGCCUACACGCCCUAGUGACCUCAGGCUGAGAGAAUAAUUCGUAUUAUUAUUACAAACAAACUCACUCUCCGGAAGCCUGAUUUCUGAGACCCAGUUUAUUUCCAUGGAGACCCUCCUCUGCUUUCACCUCUUUCCCUGUUCUCCUCCCCCCCAUCUCCCUGCCCCCUAAGGCUCUGACUCAGCUCCCCCUCUUCCUCAAAGGCCACCCCCUCCCUCCCCUCGCUCCCACUCUUCUGCGAGAGAGCUUGCUCUGCCUGCCCCAUUACUGCUAGGUCCAGAUGUAUUUCCUCUCUGAUCUAGCCACAGGUCCUGGUCUUACCUGUCUCAUCGUUUUUCAAGAUCCCAAGAGAGAGCUUAACAACUUUGGAUGUGUGGCAUGCCCAGCCCUACCUGUCAGUCCCUGGGACCGCCAUCCCCUUUGUUUGUAGCCAGUUCUAUUGCUGCAUGCUGGAUGCCUCUUCCUGCCCAAGACCCAGUCAGUGCACUUCUUUCAAAAAAAAAAAAAAAAUAGGGACCUAUGAUCCUAAAUCCCCAAAGCAAAAGUUCACGUAUGCAGUGGCUUUAGGGCCAUUCUUACCCCAUUUAGACCCGAUUCUUGAAUUUCUCUGUAAAUACUCAAGUAAUUCUUCCCCAAGAGUUACAGAGGUGUUGCACUUAGGUCAGGAAUCUUCCUCCUGGUUCCGUACUUUUACACCAGUUCUCAAAGUGUUCUGUCCACUUCUGCCAUUGUUUUCUGUCUUCUCACCUUAAAUUUUUGUUCUUUUAGCUCUGAAAUUAUGAAGUCCUCUUGUUUUUUUACCCUUCUCUUGAAUCUAUUUCUUGUCCCCUAAGACAAUUGGGCUCAAAGCAUCCAUCUCAUCUUGGAGCCUUCUGGCUCCCGGGAAAACAGUCUCAAGUUUUCACCUCCCAGCUGCCUCUAUCCCCACUUAUCUUUUCCUGUCAACCAAGUUCCUGACUAUUAGGAAGGCCCGAGGGGAAGCCACACUCCUCAUCCCUCAAAUAUCAAAGCCAGCUGUCGAAUAGAAAAUUUGGGGAUGGUAGACAAAGAAGGAAAUGGAUAGUCAGAAGGCAUGACAUUGGGAGACAUGGAACGAAGUGAUUGCCGUGGACUGGAAAGGCCUCAAGGAUGUGGAUCAGAUCAACAUGGACAGCACCAGCUCACUGCAUGGCAGCAGUCUCCAUCGGCCUUCUACAGAGCAAACACGAACAGAUUUCUCCUGGGACGGCAUCAAUCUCUCCAUGGAGGAUACCACUUCCAUCCUUCCGAAGCUUAAGCGAAACUCUAAUGCCUAUGGCAUUGGGGCCCUGGCCAAGUCAUCAUUCUCAGGGAUCUCGAGGAGCAUGAAGGACCAUGUGACAAAGCCUACAGCCAUGGGCCAAGGCCGGGUGGCCCACAUGAUUGAGUGGCAGGGCUGGGGGAAGGCACCAACAAUUCAGCCACAACAUAGCCAUGAGGCUGUGCGCAGGGAUACAGAUGCUUACUCUGACCUCAGUGAUGGUGAGAAGGAGGCGCGUUUCCUAGCAGGUGUCAUGGAACAGUUUGCUAUUUCUGAGGCUACACUUAUGGCCUGGUCUUCCAUGGAUGGUGAGGACAUGAGUGUCAAUUCUACCCAGGAGCCACUGGACUGCAACUACAGUGACAACUACCAAGAGCUGAUGGAAAGUCAGGAUGCACUAGCUCAAGCCCCCAUGGAUGGAUGGCCUCAUUCCUACGUGUCACAGGGGAUGUACUGUCUGGGGUCAUCUGAUGCCUGGGAAGCAAGUGAUCAGUCCCUCAUUGCAUCUCCAGCUACAGGAUCCUAUCUUGGCCCUGCAUUUGAUGACUCACAGCCGAGCCUGCAUGACAUGGGGCCUUCCCAACCUGCUUCAGGAUACUCUGCUCAGGAGCCUCCACCUUUGUUGGGGGUAGACACUGACUGGGCAUCAGAGGUUGGUGGGGUGGAACUGGCCAGGGGACCUGUAGAGGAAGAGAAGAGACCACUAGCUCCUGAGGAGGAAGAAGAUGCAGGAUGCCGGGAUCUGGAGUCACUUUCUCCACGAGAGGAGCCAGAGAUGUCCACUGCUCUCAGCCGGAAGGUGUCUGAUGUCACGUCCUCAGGUGUGCAGUCCUUUGAUGAGGAGGAGGGGGAUGCCAACAACUAGCUUCUUCCUGCCCCACUCAAACCUGAGGGGCAUGGCUGCAACCCAUACCCCCCCAAGCUCCAGCAGCACAGAUGAAACCCUGGCAGAAGACAGCAGGGAACUGGGAGCUUCCAGCCCUCACCAGGCCGCUAGCCGCCCUGGAAAGUGAAGGACCAGCAGGGGGUUUUAUCUAGGCUUGCAAUCCAGAAACCAUCAUUCCAGGAACUGAGACCCAGGCAAUUAGGUGGCAUGGUGGUAGGAGAUGAGCCACAGCUAUGGCUCUUGGGUCCAUGCCCAGGUCCGUUGCGCUGAACACUGAAUCUGUUUUUACACCCCUGAUUUCGUCUUCCAGGAGCCUUGGCUGUGCUGUCUGAAUGCCUCUUUUCUCCAUUUCACUCUUGCUUUCCUGGUUCUGUUUUUCUGCCCAUGGUACCAGUGCAUCCCCACUGUGGGAAGCAGGCCUCAGGGGCUGUUGGACAUGGCUUGGCAGGUACAGCAGACUAUUUGCCUAAAGGAGUGGCCUGAAGGGCCCUUCUGUGUUUGGCAUAGACAGUGGGCCCAGUUCAGGCAAUCUUUGGCUUUUGAGAUCAGGAGCCAAGGGUGAUGUGGACAUGGCAGCUGGGAUUGACAGGGGUCACAGUAUGAUUCUUUAUCCCAAGGCCUACUCAGAGACAAGUGGGUCACCAAUGAGACAAAGAAUAAACACAGCCACUUGAAUGUCCUGUGGCUGGAAGGGGGACCUUAAGCCCACUGGGGUUGGCUAUUCCAGGUCUGGCUUCUCUUUCUGCCUUCUUCCAUCUGGCUCCCAGACCCAAGGAGGGGAAGCAUCUCAAAAUUGUUGACCUAGGAUGCAGUGUCCCUGUCGGUGGGGAACCAUGAGGGCCGGGCCUCCCUCCACCUUCCCAAAUUCUCUGGAGCUGUUUACACUUUUCUCUUUGCCUUUUCUACAUUUUUAUAACUUCUUGGGGACUCAGGGUUGAGCCGAGUGGAGGGGGAGUCUGGUGCUGUCAUUGCCUUGGCUGGACUGGGCGGCUGGCUGAGGGCCAGGGUGGACACUCUGGCUGUUCCUAGGGGUCCUCAAUCCAGUGUUCCUUAUAGGAGUGGUUGUGGUGAGACCUAAGCUUGCCUGCAUACCUCCUUUUCCUUUUGAUCUGGAGUGGACCAUGGGGACAGGGAGCAACAGCAAGUCAGUGCAGUAUUGCUAUGCGGGUGCUGCAGCAGCCACAGCUCCAAUCUGGCCUUUGGCAUAAGCUGAGUUUUGAUAGGAGAUGCCCAAGCUUGUCACCGUGUUUUUCUCCUUCCUCCUGUUUAUCCAUGGCUCCAGUCCCAAGGCCUUGUGUCCUACUAUAAUGUCAGGGGUCCGAAACUACUCCCUUACCCAUCAAAACGAUGAGGCUCACCGUUGGAAUGAUUCUGUUCAUCUGUGAUGUCCUGUACCACAUUCAUACACUGAAAUGUAACCAGAGUAGGUGUCCCUCAUCCUUCAGGGGAGGGGGAAGCAUGGGAUCUUAAGGUCUCUUAAUGUAGGGAACAUGGGAAUAAACCAGAAGAGCCAAAGUAGGUGAACAGUCACUUAGCUCAUCUAAUGCUGCCUGAAUGGGAGAAGAAGAUACCUCGUAUUUGCAAGUAUGUUGUGGUUUAGCUUAUCAGGACCUCAUUUCUAGGACUAGGAAGGGCUAGCCUGCCAACCCUGGCAACUGCCCCUAACCCCUGGCCUCCUGUCCUAGCAGCCUGGGAGUUUGCAUGUUGAAGCUAACUUAUUCCCAGGGCCUCUUUGCCUUGUCUACUCGCUCUAUCAACACGUUUGUCUCAUGUCACUGCCCCAUCUUUUUCCCCCAGGUGACCAUGGACAGCAAGUCCAGUGAGAGGUUUAUUCAUCUCAGUUCCCUUUGCUCAGGGCCCUGGAGAGUUAGGAAGAGUAAACUAAAGCAGCUUUCUUUCCUCCUUCCAUCCUUCAAGGAAGCCAAAUGGUCCCCAUUGAAAGACUACAAAAGACCCGAAGAAACCUAGUAGGGAUUGCACUUGAGCAGGGGCUUGGUUUCCCCAGGCUGCUGGCAUAUUGCCGUAGAGUCAGGUGAGGCCCACCCCACUCUGAAGAUGCAAGGAGCUGACCCAGGACCAUUUUGAACUCUUUUUUAGAGAGAGGACCACCUCUCUGGUGCUGGGGCAGGGUGCAUGGGGGUUUGCUUCUAGCCUAUUUUAAGGGGAGGGGUGGGGCAUGUGCAGGAAGAGGCUGUUAGGGGUGGGUGGGAAGGGUGGCUUUUCCUUUGGGGUUAAAGGCUGUGCAGCACGUUUUAUAGCAGCUGGGGAGCAGGGCUGUUUUUUAUAUUCUUGUGAAUGAGACUGCUCUUGCUGAAUGAUUUUUUAAGGGGGGGGUACACUUUCAUUUUCAACUGACUUUAUUAAAUGAAAAUCCAAACCUUCCAUUCCUUCCCUUCCAUUGCCUCCCCCAGCCCACACACCUCCCUUCUUUUCCUUGUGUUAAGAAGGGAAUUGUGAAGGACAAGUUCUUACCCUUGUCCAUAUAUAUCCCACACUCUGUCUUCCAGGUCUGAGAAAUACCCAUUUUUAUGGUCAGUCUUAGCAUGUUUUCUUAAUGUGAAACUCUCACCCUAGGCCCAGGAAGGAUUCUAAGACAUAUAUUACAGAGAGAAUUCUAUAUAAAUAUAUAAGUAUUAUAGAUUAUAUACACAUGGGCAUGGGCUUGGAAGCCCCCUGCUAAUCCUUCUACCCAGGCCUCAAUGUCUUAGCCUGGGGUGGUGGAAGAAGCCCAUGUUGGAGAAGGCCAGAGGCUGUGUGGAACAACACUAAACAGAAUGUGGUGGCA